GUAUGUUCCGUGUCACACCACAACAGAUCAGCGGUGGAUUCAGUAGUGUAAAUUAAAUUCAUUUAUUUUCAAGUUUUAUUAGACUAGAGAAUUUCCCUUGAUCUGUGUGUGAAUCGGAUGUUAUGAACGACAACAUGGAGAGCGUUUUGCCACUUCUAACUCCAGAACCUUGGAGUUUUGGGGAACUUUUUGAGGCGUUUCGCCAGGCCCCGAUGUACCACCUCAUCUUCGAAGGUCUCCUGAUUAUAUUCAUCAUCCGGCUCCUGCUGUCCAAGAGUUACUCCAUCCAAUCCAAAAUGGUCCUGACAGAAAAGGAAAAGGAUCAACUGAUUGAGGAGUGGACCCCAGAACCUUUAGUCCCCAAACUGCCCGAUGACUAUGAGCCCAUCAAAUACAGGACAGUCACACAGCAAGGUGGAAGCAUGCUGACUGUGGACGGCAAACAGGGAAUAAACCUCGGCACGUUCAAUUUUCUUGGAAUGCUGGGAAGGAAAGAGACAGCGGAUGCUGCAGUGAAGAGUCUUAAGAAGUAUGGCGUUGGGACUUGUGGUCCUCGUGGAUUCUAUGGAACAAUGGAUGUUCACUUGGAUUUUGAAGAGCGAAUCGCCAAGUUCUUCGGCAUGGAGAUGGGCAUCCUAUACUCCUAUGGCUUCUCAACCGUAGCCAGCUGCAUCCCAGCCUACUCAAAGAGGGGAGACAUUAUCUUCUGUGACGAAGGAGUCUGCUUUGCUGUGCAGAUGGGCUUGCUAGCGUCGCGUAGCCAGAUCAAGUUCUUCAAACACAACGACAUGGAGGAUCUUGAACGACUCCUGGAAGAGCAAGUUAUUGAAGAUAAGAAGAACCCCAAGAAAGCAAAGAAGACACGCAAGUUCAUGGUUGUAGAGGGCCUGUACACCAACACUGGACAAAUCACUCCCAUCAACAAACUGGUGGAAUUCAAAUACAAGUACAAAGUGCGCAUCUUUCUGGAUGAGAGCAUGUCGUUCGGCGUGCUCGGGAAAACUGGGCACGGCGUCACGGAACACUUUGGAAUCGAUGUGACAGAUAUUGACCUGAUCUCAGCAUGCAUGGAGAAUUCUCUGGGCACACUGGGAGGAUUUUGUGUGGGCUCAAAAUACGUUGUUGAUCACCAGCGUUUGUCCGGUCUGGGCUACUGCUUCUCGGCCUCACUGCCUCCCAUGCUCGCAUCAGCCGCCAUGGCGGCGUUGGAUAUCAUGGAGGAUGACCCAACGAUGGCCUCUAGGCUCCAGGCACGGUCCGAGCACGUCCACGAAGAACUGGCCAAGAUUGCUGAGAUGAAGGUGGCCGGUGACCCUGUGGCCCCUAUCAAGCAUCUGUAUGUACGAGAGACGGGAGACAAGACUAGACAAGAGAUCAUGAAACUCCUUGAACUUAUUGUGAACAUGGCUAUGGAUGAAGGGGUAGUACUGACCACAGCAUGUUACUUGGAAGAAGAAGAAGCAUUCCUGCCACCACCAAGCAUUCGUGUCGCUGUCAACAUCGCCCCUACCGAAGACCAACUCGCCAUGUCCCUGCAAGUUAUACAGAAAGUGGCCUCAGAGGUUCUGCAAAACGAGGUGUAAACAAUAUUUUGUAAAAAUUUGGUUUUGGAUGGGCAUCGCAGGUAGGUCUUGAGAGAUUUUGUCAAGAAGGCAGGACAUGAAUUGCAGUGAGCAUCAUUUGUGGCACGUCUAUCAGAGACCAAAUUGCAUUGCUCUGCUACGCCACAAAGAAAUUCUGUGCUAACUACCAGGUACGUAAAAUGCAGAAUCCUUAGUUAAGAGAUGUAUGCAUGUGAACAAGCCAGCAGGGCCCAAUUUCAUAGCGCUGCUUAACAGCCGACUUUGUGCUUACCGAGCCUCCAUCUAUUUCAUAGAGACUGUUAAGC